UUGGUUGUCCAGUGAUGUUUCUUCUGUCUCCUCUCCUCGUCCAAUCCAUAAAGUAGAGUCCAACUGCUCCCUGGACCCUCUGCAGUACCUCAACACCGAUCAAACCCAGGCCACGGUCAAGCUGGCUGCAGGACACAAGUUUGACAGAGAUGUUGAACUGCUGAUUUAUUACAAAGACGCCCACCAGCCCACUGCUGUGGUGGAGGCAGGACAGGCCUCUGCUGAGCCGGGUUCUCUGAUGGGUGAUCCAGUGGUGAUGGUGAGUCUGUACCCUGAGUUCACCCAGUCUGUGAUGUCUUCAAUGGCUUCAUGUGGAGAGUUUGUGUUCUUGGUGGAUCGAUCUGGAAGUAUGGACUGUGCUACGAAUAACACUGAGCAGCAGGAAUCUCGGAUCAGCAGUGCCAGGGAUACUCUGCUGCUCCUGUUGAAGAGCUUACCAAUGGGCUGCUAUUUCAACAUUUACAGUUUUGGGUCCAGAUAUGAACACAUCUUUUCUAAGAGUAUGGAGUACAGCCAGAAGACCAUGGAGGAGGCUCUGAAGAAAGUUGAGGAGAUGGAGGCUGAUCUUGGAGGAACAGAGAUCCUGGAGCCCCUCAAACAUAUUUACAGCCAACCCUGCAUUCAAAAUCAGCCCAGACAGCUGUUUGUCUUUACUGAUGGAGAGGUGGGGAACACCAAACAAGUGAUCGAUCUGGUGAAGAAGAACUCAGGCUCCCACAGGUGUUUCUCUUUUGGGAUUGGGGAAGGGGCCAGCUCUGCUCUCAUUAAUGGGAUGGCCAAGGAAGGAGGAGGUCAUGCUCAGUUUAUCACAGGGACUGACAGGAUGCAACCUAAAGUGAUGCAGUCGCUGCGAUUUGCUCUGCAGCCAGCUGUGGUCGACAUCUCAGUCACAUGGGAUUUACCAAAGGAAGUGUCUGUCACUGUCCUCUCUCCAUCGAUCACAACACUUUUCCAGGGUCAGAGGUCACUGAUUUAUGCCCAGCUCACUGGACAGAGCUCAGAGGCAGCAGAGGGCUGUGUGACGCUGAAGUACAGCCUGGCAGGUCAUCCCUCUGAGAACCAGCUGCACUUCAGUCUCAGACCUGCAGAGGACACUGGACUAACAGUCCACAGGUUGGGUGCUCAGACUCUGAUUCGUUCCCUGGAGAUGGAGGAGAGAGAGCACAGAGGACAGCAAGGUGGAGGAGUGAAGGAGAAGGUGGUGCAGCUCAGUGUCCAAUCAGGAGUGAGCAGUUCUUUCACUGCCUUCGUUGCUGUCAACAAAGACAACGGAGAGGCGAUCCAAGGACCUCUUGUCCAAAGAAAUAUUCCAACAGCCCUGGCAAUGGAUUGCUUUAUAUCAUCAGCAGCAUAUAGAACAUGCAAAAUGAAGAAGAGUGCUCCAUUGCCCAUAAUUGGUACCUUCCAGAAGUUUAGUCGGUGGG